GGACCCAGGAACAGACCCCUUUGCACUUUGCACCUGCUUUUGCUGGAGUUUAGUUUCUUUUCUUAUCUUUUUUUUUUUUUUUUGCAUUUUUUUUUCUUGCAUUUUUCAGCUUCUCUCCUGUAGUUUUGCAGAGACACAGGCUGCAAGACAGGACCCGGGAACAGACCCCUUUGUACUUUGCACCUGCUUCUGCUGGGAGUUUGUAGGCACUGGAGUUUGUAGUCUUUUUCUAUAUAUUUUUUGCAUUUUUCAGCUUCUCUCCUGUAGUUUUGCAGAGACACAGGCUGCAAGACAGGACCCGGGAACAGACCCCUUUGUACUUUGCACCUGCUUCUGCUGGGAGUUUGUAGUCUUUUUCUAUAUAUUUUUUGCACUUUCCAGAAUCUCUUCUUUAGUUUUGCAGAGACACAGGUUGCAAGACAGGACCCAGGAACAGACCCCUUUGCACUUUUGCACCUGCUUUUGCUGGGAGACAUUGCACUGCAGUUUGGGGACUUUUUCUAUCUUUUUUUUUUGGUGUUGUUGCAUUUUUUUCUUGCACUUCCCAGAUUCUCUUCUGUUGCUUUUCCAAGACACAGGCUGCAAGACAGGACUCAGGAACAAACCCCUUUGCACUUUUGCACCUGCCUGCCUCUGCUGGGAGGCAUUGCACUGGAGUUUAGGGGUCUUUUUCUUUCCUUUUCUCUUUCUCUCUUUUGCAGAGCACAUCUGUAUAGUCACCGAUUGGUGUCGCUUCAAACCGCUUUGAAGGGACCACGCACCCCGGCAGUUAUGCGGUGCCUGGCAGGCGGCCCAGGAAAGAACCAGCCCGGCCCCUGACCACGCCUUGAAGGCGGGAACGAAACGAAGAAGCACUUCCGGGCCAACACGCUGUGACGACACAACCACUUCCGGUGCGCAGCCAAACGGGUCAGCCGGGAGGCCGGAAAGGCCGCGCCGUCCGCGUGAGCACAAAACGUCCCGGAGGGUCCGCUGAGGACAGAUCACCGCCCCGGACGAAGUCCGUCCCAUCGCGACGCAGUCGGAAACGUCUCGGCAAGACUUCGCUCACUGCGGGCCGCCAUUUAGCCCCGUGGAUUCUCCAUCUCUUUCCCCCGUCUGCUCUGCAGCCUCCAUGCCACCCAUCAACCUGUCCUUCUCGGCCUGCGGUUUCCUGGGCGUCUACCACCUGGGGGUGGCGGCGGCCCUCCACACCCAUGGCCAGAAGCUGCUGGGUGAUGUCCAGGCCUUCGCUGGGGCCUCAGCUGGCUCCCUGGUGGCCUCGGUCCUGCUCACCGCACCCCAGAAGAUCCAGGACUGCUACGAGUUCACCUGCCACCUGGCAGAGGAAGCCCGCGGCCAGGCCCUGGGCGCGGCCACCCCCGGGUUCGACUUCAUGGCCCGGCUGAGGAGCGGCGUGGACUCCGUCCUGCCCCCCGACGCCCACCUGCUGGCCCAGCACCGCCUGCACGUGUCCAUCACCCACACCGGCACCCUGAGGAACCGCCGGGUCUCCUGCUUCUCCUCCCGGGACGACCUCAUCCAGGUGCUGCUGGCCAGCAGUUUUGUGCCCGUCUACGCAGGCCUGAAGCCGGUGGAGUACCAAGGCCAGAGGUGGGUGGACGGCGGCCUGACCGACAGCCUGCCCGUCCUGCCUGACGGCCGCACCGUCACCGUGUCCCCCUUCUGCGGCCGCCUGGACAUUGCCCCCCGGGAUGGGGACCCCCGGCCGGUGCACCUCCGUAUCGCCCGGCAGGAAGUGGCGCUGUCCCUGGCCAACCUGGUGAGGCUGAACCACGCUCUGUUCCCGCCGGGCCCCGGGGCCAUGGCGGCUCUGCGCCAGCAAGGCUUCCGCGAUGCCGUCUGCUUCCUGCAGCGAGAAGACUGGUUCCAGCCGCGCCCGGACGCCCGGACGCCUGACCCCCGGCCUGGACCCCGGGGGCACCCGUGACCCCUGACACCCCGGGUUCGAGCCCCAGCACCACCAGCAGCCAGGGCUCUGAUGUCGCUCUCAUUAAAAUUAAGAAAAUUAAAAA